AUGGCCCGGCCCGGUCCCGGUCCCGCUGCCCCGGGCCCGAGCGCGGCGGGACGGACGGACGGGCGGGGCGGGGCGGGGGGGCGGAAACGUGGAGCAGGUUGGAAAGCAGAAAGGUGGGACAAGCUGCUGUUCCCUGGUGCUGCCGUGGCACUCAGGAAAAGGUCUGAGGACCUGCUGAGCCAGGAGCUGCCCGAGGCUGGUGGCGGAGCUGUCGCCUGGCGGCCCCGCAGAUGUUCCCCGUCCCCCUCCUCCUUCCCCCUCCUCCUCGCCCCCGGCAGCGCCGCGGUCGCCCCGGGGGUCACAGCCCGCACUCUCGCUCCCUGCUACUUGGCCGACCUGCGCCCGGCCACGGGCAGCCUGGUGUCGGCCGUGGGCUGCACCGUGCUGCUGACUGCCCCUGUGCUACGGGGCAGCAGGGCCGUGUCCUGGGAGUACCGAUUGGGCUCGGAGGAGGGGGUCAUCCUCAGCUAUGGCUUCCGUCACCCCCCCAACAUGUCCCAGCUCUACAAGAACCGUGCGACGUUCAACGAGUCCAACCUGUCGCUGCAGGUGGUGCUGCAGCACGGGGACAGCCGCCUCUACCGCCUCAGGGCCCUGGAGGAGGCCACGACCUGGUUCCAUCUGCACGUUGUGGAGCCGCUGUCCCAGCCAAAAAUUGUGGGCAACUCCUUGGUGAAGGCAGGAGUCAACACCAAACUGCUUUGCAAAGUGCUGCAAGGGAAGGCAGAUGCCUACUGGUGGAAGAAAAAUGGGGAGCUGCUCGUGGAAAGUGAGCACAUCAAGUUUGUGGAGAACACCACGCUCUGCAUCCUGCGGGCGUCCAUCAGCGACAGCGGCUACUACACCUGCGUGGUGAGCAACGCCGUGAGCCAGAAUGAGACCUCCUUCCUACUCAAGGUCCACCACUCUACCAACGUGGUGCUGCCUGUGGUCCUGACCUGUGUUGUCAUCGGCUCACUUGCAGCAGGUUGUCCCCAGUCCAAGGAGGUCAUGCUGGAUGAUGAUGGUGGUGGGGCUCUGAGCAGCCUGGGCUAGUGGAAGGUGUUCCUGUCCAUGGUGUCUUCGUCUGGUGCCGGAGAAGGGAGAACUCAUGUGAAAACUGUUGGUAGAACUUGGUCAGCCCUGCUGUUGCCCUUCCCAGGUGGUGGAUACUGCUGGGAGUGCCAGGUAUCCCAUCCCAUCCCAUCCCAGCCUCUCUUGGGCUCACUUGUGAAGUGUUCAAGCUGCCAGGACCUGCAAAUAUUUUUUUUAAACACUGGUUUGGACUA